AUGGCGUCUUUCGGCCGUUCGCGAAACAGAGCUCAGUUUUCGGUCCCGUCCUCGCCCUCCGACACCGGCUCGCCGAUUCGGCCAAGACGACCGAGUCUCGAUUUGCAGGGCGAUAUCCUGUCCACCCGUGGCCAAUACCUCUCGUCCCUGCUUCGCCGUCGCUCUUUUUCCAGCCAGAGCCUCCUCGACCUCGAUCGCGAUGAGAGUCACCUAUCCUUCCGCGAUUGGCUUGAGCGCCCCGCAUCCGCGCGCGCAAGGGAGCUGAUCGGAGAUCGAGAGGGCAAACCAUCGUACAAUUGGCAGCAGUACUAUAAACAUCCCAACGCUUUGAAGGGGUUGUCGAAGCCAGUGCGUGAACUGUACGAGCGCAACAAUGACCUCAUUUCCCAAUACGUUUAUAUCGACCGGCUUCUCGACUCGUCGCUCCCCCACCGCUUGAUCGUCGAAUACCAGCACAAUCGCACGAGCGCAAUAAAGGAUCCUGCAAAGGGAAAUGAGAACGAGAAUGGGAGUACAUACGGUGCUAUCGAGGGCGGGCCCUCAGAUGGUGAACAGCCCAAGAAGAUCAAGCGGACACCCCGGAACCUAUACCGGAUUCCCAGUGAAAGCUCGCUUUUACUGCCGCCAACAGACGACGAGAACGAGUCGCCGAUGUCGGAUAUCACGCCCAAAGGCCACGACUUUGUGGACAGCGGAGCGCGCAUCGUCACCAUCGCUAUCUAUAUCAACCUUGUCGCCAACGUUACCCUACUUGCGGCGAAGAUUGCUGCGCUGCUGAUGACCAAUUCCGUGUCGGUUCUUGCUAGUUUGGUAGACGGGGCUUUGGAUUUCCUCAGUACUGCCUUUGUCUGGAUCACGACUGCUCUUAUCAGACGACAAAACCAUUAUGAGUAUCCCAUUAGUCGACGACGAUUGGAGCCUCUGAGUGUUUUGGUUUUUGCUGUCGUGAUGGUGACCUCGUUUGUUCAGGUUGCCAUCAUGUCGAUUAGCCAGCUGAUGUCUGCCGACCACACCGUUGUGAACUUGACGGUCCCAUCGGGGGUUAUCAUGGGCAGCACCGUAGCUGUAAAGGGUCUCUGCUGGUUCUGGUGCCGGUUAAUCAACAACUCCAGCGUCCAAGCCCUAGCACAAGACGCCAUGACCGAUGUAGUCUUCAACUUCUUCAGUAUCGUCUUUCCACUCGUCGGCGGCCUAACAAACAUCUGGUACCUCGACCCCCUCGGCGGUCUGAUCCUCUCCAUCUACAUCAUCUGGAACUGGGGCCUAACAGCCAGCGAACACAUCCGCCACCUAACCGGGGCCGCGGCAUCCCAAGAAGACGUGAGCAUCCUGCUCUACAUGACGAUGCGGUUCUCCAAAUCGAUCCUCAAGAUCCAGAACCUGCGCGCUUACUACGCCGGCGAUAUGCUGAAUGUCGAGGUCGAUAUCAUCCUGGAGGACAAAAUGAGUCUGCGCGAUAGCCAUGAUCUGGGCGAGAGUCUGCAGUAUAUGCUUGAGAGUGUGCCGACGGUUGAGCGUGCUUAUGUCCAUAUGGACUAUGAUCCGUGGAAUAUUCCUACGCAUAUGAAUCAGCAGGAGCAGUAG